UUCAUGUUUCCUGGUGUGAGGGUAAAGUACAAGGGAAUAUAGUGCCGUAAUUUGAGUACUCAGUGUAGCAGAGAGUCGGGGACCAGACACAUCAACCAUGCUGCAACUGAAAUGGGUAUUCUCCGUAUUAUAUCUUUUUUCGCGGUGCCCUGAGUGUGAGGCGUAUGUGGUCAGACGGUCCGGCAAGGCAGGAUCAUCGGAUGAGUCUUUCACUGCAUUUCUUUCUGACUAUCCAUUUAACAGCCUGUCAGGUUCCUGCAAAAACAGAUGCUUUGAACUAGUGGAAAGCGAACCCCCAAACUGUCGCUGUGACAACCUGUGUAAAACAUACAGUACCUGUUGCCCCGACUUUGAUGAACACUGCCUGAAAACAGCUGGGGGCUUUGAGUGCAGUAAAGACCGCUGUGGUGAAACUCGCAAUGAACAGCAUGCCUGUCACUGCUCAGAGGACUGCAUGGCUAAAGGAGACUGUUGCACCAACUACAGGUCUCUCUGCAAAGGGGACAUUCCCUGGUUGCAGGAAGAGUGUGAAGAGAUUAAAAACCACGAGUGUCCAGCCGGGUUUGUUCGGCUGCCUAUCAUCAUGUUGUCUGUUGAUGGCUUUCGUGCAUCUUACAUGAAAAGAGGAAGCAUGGUGAUCCCCAAUAUUGAGAAACUUAGAUCAUGUGGAACUCACGCACCAUACAUGAGACCUGUGUACCCCACCAAAACCUACCCAAAUUUGUAUACAAUUACAACAGGUCUUUAUCCUGAGUCGCAUGGAAUUGUGGGUAACUCGAUGCAUGACCCUGGCUUUGAGGCCAAUUUUAACAUUCGUGGGAAGGAAAAGCUUAAGCAUCGAUGGUGGGGAGGACAACCUAUCUGGAUAACAGCAGUGAAACAGGGAGUAAAGGCUGGUACGUUUUUCUGGCCAGUUGGCAUUCCAAUGGAAAGGAGAGUUCUGACCAUGUUGCAAUGGCUUCAUCUUCCGCAUUCAGAGAGGCCAUAUGUUUAUGCAAUGCAUUCUGAACAGCUGGAUUCCUAUGGCCACAAACUAGGACCUCACAGCACUGAGCUAGACAGUGCACUGAAGGACAUUGAUAAGGUGAUUGGACAGCUAAUGAAUGGCCUGAAACAGAUGAACCUGCACCGUUGUGUCAAUAUAAUCUUGGUUGGAGACCAUGGCAUGGAGGAAGCUCAUUGUGACCGCACAGAGUUCCUGAGCUCCUACAUGUCCAACACUGAGGACAUCAUCCUAAUUCCUGGGUCUUUGGGAAGAAUCCGAGCCCGAAAUCCAAACAACUCUAAAUAUGAUGCCAAAGCAAUUGUAGCAAACCUUACGUGUAAAAAAUCCGACCAGCACUUCAAACCAUACUUGAAGCAGCAUCUUCCCAAACGUUUGCAUUAUGCCAACAAUCACAGAAUUGAGGAGGUUCACCUGAUGGUCGAGAGGAAAUGGCACAUAGCACGGAAGUUCUAUGAAUCAAAAAGGAAUCAUGGGAAAUGUGGGUUUGCUGGUGAUCACGGAUAUGACAAUAAGAUCAACAGCAUGCAGACCAUUUUCCUUGGAUAUGGACCAUCUUUCAAAUUCAAGACAAAAAUUCCACCUUUUGAGAACAUUGAGCUUUAUAAUGUCAUGUGUGAUCUCCUUGGUUUGAAGCCUGCCCCUAAUAAUGGUACUCAUGGUAGCCUUAACCAGCUUUUGAGGGCCCCUGUAUACAUACCCAGCAUGCCUGAAGAAGUGAGCAAGCCAAACACUGCAGGACCAGUCACAGGUUUUAAUGAUGACCUGGGCUGCACAUGUGAAGAUAAGAGAUGCAUGGAUGAGCUAAAAUGUCACCCGAAUCCUCUGCUUCAAGUAAAUUAUCCACCUGCCAUGGAAGAUGGAACCAAACUUUGUCAAAGCCAUAAGGGGGUAACGAACAAGGUGGAAGAGCUUAAUCAACGACUGAGACAAGUUAUUGAUGACAACAGAAAUCUUCCCUAUGGUCGGCCAGCAGUCAUGUUCCGCACCAAGUAUUACAUCCUUCAUCAUAGUGACUACAUUAGUGGCUACAGUGAAGCUUUGUCCAUGCCUCUUUGGACGUCUUAUACUGUAUCUAGACAGGUAGAUUUCACCCCUCUGACUGAGGCUCUGAGUAACUGUGUUCAGCGUGAUAUUAGAGUUCCUUCAGCAUACAGUCAGUCCUGCUCAAACUACCGUGCAGACAAACAGAUCUCCUACAGCUUCCUCUAUCCACCUCAGUUGUCGUCCUCUCAGGAAGUGAGAUAUGAUGCCAUUCUCAUUACCAACACUGUACCAAUGUACCCAGCAUUCAAACGUAUGUGGAGUUAUUUUCAGAAAUCACUUGUGAGACGUUAUGCUAGUGAGAGAAAUGGAGUGAAUGUGGUUGUUGGACCCAUCUUCGACUAUGACUACAAUGGUCUUAGAGAUUCAGCAGAGACAAUAAAACAGUAUGUUAGUGGCUCUGUACAAAUCCCAAGUCAUUACUACAUUGUGGUUACUAGUUGUCUGGAUUACACACAGACUAUUGACUCCUGUGCUGGUCCUCUCAGUGUUUUCUCCUACAUCCUUCCACACAGAGCAGAUAACGAAGAAAGUUGUAAUAGUUCAGAGGACGAGACAAAGUGGGUUGAGGAACUGAUGAAGACACACACAGCACGUAUAAGAGAUGUGGAGUUGCUUACAGGACUGGACUUUUAUCGCCGCACCAGCAGGUCCUAUGAGGAGAUUCUCGCUUUAAAAACUUACUUACACACAUAUGAGAGUGAGAUCUAAACCACUGCAUCCCAGCAUUAGCAUUCCCUACAUAUUAACUGCCGGGUUGCAGAAGUAAGGUGUAUAUUUUUAUAUAAACCAUCAUAUUUAUUAUUCUUUUUGCUAAUCCUAUGGGUUUUUUUUUUUUUACUUUUUUUUUAUUAAUGCUAUUCUUUUUUUACAUUCUCCUUUAUGUCCAGUAGGUCCAAUGACCUUUAUGCAUGGGAAAUUUUUUUAUUCUUUAAUAAUACUUAAUACAUGUUUUGACCUGUGAUGUUUGAUAUGCUGAAUGUAAAAAAAUUAACAUAAAGGUAUCUGUACUGUAAACUGUAAUCAAACCUGUUCUGUUAUGACAUCUGUGAGGUGUUUUGUUACUUUUUAAUUCCAUUAAAUAGUUUGCACAAA